AUGUUCUCACGGGGUCUCCCGGGUUCUCCAGGGUUCUCACAGGCGGGCAGGAAGGCGGUCCGCGCCGUUCUCUGGGUUUCGGCCGACGGGCUGCGAGUCGUCGACGACAAGACCAAGGACCUGAUCCUGGACCAGACGAUAGAGAAGGUCUCGUUCUGCGCCCCCGACAGGAACUUUGAGAAAGCGUUCUCCUACAUCUGCCGGGACGGAACCACGCGGCGCUGGAUCUGCCACUGCUUCAUGGCCGUCAAGGACUCGGGCGAGCGCCUCAGCCACGCCGUGGGCUGCGCCUUCGCCGCCUGUCUGGAGAGGAAGCAGAAGCGGGAGAAGGAGUGCGGCGUCACGGCGACCUUCGACGCCAACAGGACCACCUUCACCCGCGAGGGCUCGUUCCGCGUCACCACGGCAACGGAGGCGGCAGAGCGGGAGGAAGUGAUGAGACAGCUGCAGGACGCCAAGACCGACGGCGAAGUGAAGGCUGCUGGGAGCUCCCAGCUGGCCGGGGGCUGUCCGUCCCCCUCGCCGUCCCCGCCGCCGUCCGCCGCCGCUCUGGGCCCGCAGGCCAUCCCCCGGAGACACGCCCCGGCCGAGGCCCUGGCCCGGCAGGGCUCCUUCAGGGGCUUCCCGGUCCUCAGCCAGAAGACGUCUCCUUUCAAGCGACAGCUGUCGCUGCGCAUGAAUGAGCUGCCAUCCACCGUGCAGCGCAAGUCCGACUUCCCCAUCCAGACCGCAGUCCCCGAGGUGGAUGGAGAGGGGGACAGCAUCAGCGCCCUGUGCACACAGAUCACCACGGCCUUCAGCGGACCCCCGGAGGACCCCUUCUCCUCCGCCCCCAUGCCCAGACCGGCUUCCUCCCCUCAGUCUCCUGUAGCACCAGAGCUAGCUUGUUCUAGCAUCUUUCUCUUCUCUGCUGCAGUGAAUGGCUCCACCCCCGCUAACCCCCCCGCCCCGCCCCCCGCCCUGCCUACCCGAGACACUAACCCCUGGUCCAAGAACCCGGCAGGAGCCUCGGCCGCAGGCCUUCCAGGAGGCGAGUGGCCGGCCCCCCCCCCGGUGAUCGUCGUCCCCCCCUCCUCCUCUCCGGUGCUGCCGUCACACAAGCGGACGCCGUCAGAAGCCGACCGCUGGUUAGAGGAAGUCACCAAGUCUGUCCGGGCCCCCCAGCCCGGUCCCGUGGCAGCCCCGGCCCCGGCCCCGGCCCCGGCCCCGGUCCCGGUCCCGACCCCGACCCCGGCCCCGGCCCCGACCCCGGCCUCGGCCCCAGUCCCGGCCCCGGCCAGGCCGUUCGCCCCCCCGGUGCAGAUGCCCGUGGCGCCGGCUCCUCCCGGUCCGCCGUCCGUCCCGGUGCCGGUGUUGCCCCCCCGCCAGGCGGCCUGCUACCCGAUGUCCAACGGCCUGCCGCUCGCCGGCGCACCGCUGUUUGGAAUCACUCCGUCGCAGAUGGUGGCCAACGCCUUCGGCUCGGCCGCGCAGCCGCCGCCGUUCGCCCCCGCCCCCGCGGGCCCCUUCACCGCCCCCGCCCCUGCCCCCGCCGCCGCAGGCCCGUUCGCCACCCCCGCCCCCGCGGGCCCCUUCACCGCCCCCGCCCCUGCCCCCGCCGCCGCAGGCCCGUUCGCCGCCCCCGCCGCCGCAGGCCCGUUCGCCGCCCCUGCCCCCGCGGGCCCGUUCGCCGCCCCCGCGGGCCCGUUCGUCAAGCCCCCGCCGCCCGCCGCACUCCGGCCCGCCAACGGCAGCGCCGCCUUCAACGGGGCGGAGGGCUGGGCCGCGUCCUCCUCCCCCUCCCCCCGGCCCCCCCAGCACCCGCAGGAAGAUGCCUUUGAGGCCCAGUGGGCGGCGCUGGAGGGCCGCUCGCGGCAGCACGCCUCGCCCUCCCCCACAAACCCCUUCUCCUCCGAGCUGCACAAGACCUUCGAGAUCCAGCUCUGAGGACCGGCGGCGGCGGGCGGCGUGGAAGGGCGGGGCCGAGGGGCUGGAGGGGCGGGGCGGAGCACCCUGAGGCUCCACCCCCCCCCCUCCUGCCAGCUUCCUCUCAGCCCCCCCCGGGAGCCGUCAGCCUGGCUGCAGGUCUCCUGAAUCGAGCUGAACAGACGAUGCCAAAAUCUUUAUUUUUAUGCAUUAAUUCUAUUUUAAAUAGCUCCGAUCUAACAGAAGAGAAGUGGCACAGCGCCACACAGAGGAUAUAUAUGGUAUGACGCCAGAGAUUUAGUGAAGGGACAGCUGCUUUAUUUUAUUGUUCAUUCUUUUUUAUUCUGAUUGUUUUUGAAGACAAACGUCCGUCUGAUUGAAGCGUCUCACUGUAAAUACGUUCAUUGCAGCAACAAUCAAGGUGUAGCUGAGCAGAGCUCUCCAGCUGGAGCUGACGGAGGCUCCUCCUCCUGCUGGGCGGAGCUGUCCAGCUGGGGCUGACGGAGGCUCCUCCUCCUGCUGGGCGGAGCUGUCCAGCUGGAGCUGACGGAGGCUCCUCCUCCU